AUGUGCGCGGCAGUGUCCGGACCACGUGCCGCAUUGCCUGGUACCGCGAGUGCGCUGUACGGCGGCGUGCGCUCCACCAGCCGCGUACCCCGCUCUAGAAGCUCUGGGAGAAGCAGAUCCCGCUUUACCCGGCGUGCACGGCGGGCGACGGUAGGGUGCGUGCGUGUCGGUAUGUCUACAAGAGCAGGGGUGGUGGUCGCUCAGUGCUCCCCUGUAUCGGCUAGUCGCCUGUGGGGAGUCGGACGAAGUCCCCACACGGUGUCCGGCCCAACGCGCGCUCGUCGCGACAGGAUGAAAGAAUCCCACUGCACUCUUCAACGCUGUCGUCGUUGGAGCCACGCCGGUCACGGACACGGACUGCGGAAGGCCGCAGUGGCCACUCCAACGGGCGAGGCGUCGUCUCCACGUGUACAGCCGCCAGUGUCCUGCGCAUAUUGA